AUGCCCCUCCUCGCCCCCCCAGCUUCCGAACCGUGGCUUCCAGAAGACCAGGUCGUGAGAACCCCGGACCAUCUUCUAUACGAGGUCGCGAAGGAUGGUGAUGCCUACUUCUCGGUCUCCUCGCCGUGGGACGACGGUGAGGCCGUGUUAAUACGCGUCUCGAGUGAAGCACUGACUAAGACCACGCAGUUCUUUGCGUCGCAGUUCGGUACGCGCUGGAUGCCAGAAAGUGGUAAGUUCACCACCCAGAACCCGCUCGUCUUCCCUGAGAAAUUUGUCGAUUUUGUGACAUUCCUGCACAUCGCCAGCGAGGACGGCGUCGUUCCAGCAGCGGCAAUCUACAUCCUGAAACCUGUGGCUGUGCUACUUGACAAGUACCUCUUCAAGGGCACCCUCCCCGUUUGGUGUGAACACUUACUCAUGGACUACUUUUCUGGGAUCUUCCCCUUCUACAACGACGCGAUUCUUUGUCGUCAAGUGGCUGACGACACAGGAGAUUUGCCGGUUCCAUCUCUACCAUUCGUCCUUCAAUGCGCAUACUUCCUCAAUCUCCCAGUGGCUUUUGCAAUCGCUUCCCGACGGAUGAUGUGGCAAAUGACGGUCGAUGAGGUUAGAGCAUUUCUCGCAGAUGAAUUCCAUCCGAGACUCCAUGCCGAUUUUGCGGAGUUGCUCCAGUUCGAUUUUGUGGAAUGUUUCCAGCAAGAGGCCGUCAGAUUGCGGAGGGACCUCCUUUCAAAGCUGCCGACGGUGUUCCAACCGGAUCCUCACGGCGAGGAAGCCUGGUGGUGCACCCGCUGCCAAAACGUCCCCCAGACAGAGCGCUGGCACCGCGAGGUGAUCAGCAAAUCCGAGGGGUGGAAUCACGAGCAGGAACGCGGGCUAGAAUAUAGUCUCGAUGCCCUAUUCGAGGAGUACAUCUCCGAUAUGACCCGCCUAGAUACCCUCCAAGAUCUCGCAUCUGAUGGCGAGCCGGCGCUCCCCUGCGGAAGGUUCCGCCCGCGCUACUGUGAUAUCGCAGACCGCGAGAUGCUGUGGGACGUGUACUCCGCGAUUGGGGGACUGUGUUUGCCGUGCGUCAAGGCCGGCGAGUUCAAGUUCUGUUCGUUCUGCCCCAGACACAACCUCGACCUCACCGUGGAGCGGAGUCCAAAUGAAGUCAACUGGGAAAAUGCACGAGAGAAUGGAUGGCGACUUUGA